AUGGUUGCAGCUGUUAAAAUGCUUGCAUAUGGUUGCGUCGCUGAUAACCUUGAUGAAUAUGUCCAAAUUGGCGAGAGCACUGCAAUUGAAUGUCUCAAGCGUUUUUGCGAUGCUAUAAUUGGUAUCUAUGAAGAAAAAUAUCUAAGGAAACCAACUGAAACUGAUAUUGCAAUGUUGCUGAAAGAAGGUGAAGAUCGUGGCUUUCCCGGAAUGAUUGGAAGUCUUGAUUGUAUGCACUGGCAUUGGGAAAAUUGUCCAACGGCUUGGCAUGGUACGCACACCAAUGGGUUCAAAAGAGUCCCGACUCUCAUUUUAGAAGCUGUGGAAUCUCAGAGUUUGUGGACAUGGCAUGCGUUCUUUGGAAUGUCAGGUUCGAAUAAUGAUAUUAAUGUUCUCGAUAGGUCUCCUUUAUUCGAUGACAUCAUUAACAGAGUUGCUCCUGCAUGUGUUUCACGAUUCAAGGAAAUCAAUACAAUAUGGGAUAUUAUCUCUCUGAUGGAAGCUGUUAGAAAGGACGUGGAACAUGCUUUUGGAGUCCUGCAAAGCAGAUGGCAUAUAGUUAAAGGACCAGCACGUAUGUGA